AUGGCAUUUUUCAUAAUCACCAUUUUAGUAUCAUAUGCAUAUUCAUGUUUGGUCAAAGAAGAUUAUGAUGAUGAACCACUGGUCAAUCCCAGUGGCGAGUUUGAUACAUUGGAUGUGAUAUCGCCGGUUUACAGAAGAUUACAAUACUUACAUGCUAGAGAACAUACACAAAAAUACGUAACGUAUCUUGACACAUGCGUUGACAAGAUGGGGCCUAGUGGUAUUGUGGAAUGUAAUGAUGAUGUUCUUAGAGAGAUUCUUACGAAUAAGCUUGUUUCAAGAGUCUUGUUUGAAAGUAGUAAGAGCUGGAAAAGAAUACCAUAUGGAGAUUAG